AUGUCGGACUCCGACCCGAUCGAGAACGCCAUCGAAGAUAUCACCACUCUCGCCAACUGCUGGCUGACUCUCCUGCCGAUGUACGAUUGCAACACGACCACAAACCGCGUUCGGGAGGUGGUCAACGAGGUUUCUGACUCCAUCGAGCCCACUAUCCUCAAGCAGGCGGACUAUCAGGCCCUCAUGCACGAAGCCAGUCUACUCUUGCGCGACUGGCUCAAAUUUGAGCACCAGGCGAAGCCGCUCAUUGAAUCCGGCUUCAACAAGGUCAACUUGAUGGAGGUCAGCGUUGCCUUCCUCAAGAACCCGCCUAAGCCGCUCAAGUUCAAGACUCCCUAUUGUGUGCGCGUGCAGGGCGAUCUUGCGCUCAUUCUGAAGGGUGUGACCUUCAAGAUUCCGGCCGGGCACCUCAUGGCCCGAUGUAUGAACCUCGAGGUACGUUUUGUACUCGAUACUAUGUUCCGUUACACUGACCAGUCCACCAAGACUAGUCCGAUCAAUCCGGCCGCUGUCUCCAGGGGCGAAGUCACCGUCGACGAGCACGGAAAAGUCACUGCCUUCAAGCACCUCCUCGAUCUCACCCGCAUGGUCGCUUCCGGUCGCAAGAAGUUCGAGAAGGCCCUCGUUGACUACAUCGGGGCGACGUUUGGCUUGGAUGAGGAGGCUUAG